AAACCGAACAUAAAACAUACGCGACCGUGUCGGGAUUGUCGUGCGUAGCGCGUUCCGUCGGGAAUCACGAUUUUUUUUUUUCGAAUUUCACGAUCGCGAUUAUCGUUACGUUCUCCGAUCGGGACGAGAUGGCGACACGACGACCGCGGUACGUCCAUUGGGUCGCGGUGCUGCUGCUGCUGGUGCCACCGUCGCCGGUCGGCGGUACGUGCCAGCCGAUCGCGAUACCGUUCUGCGCGGGCCUGCCGUACGCCGAGACGGCCGUGCCCAACGUGUUGGGUCACGCGUCCCAGACCGAGGCCGGCUACGAGGUGCACGGAUACGCGUGGCUGUGGAACGUGCGGUGCUCGUACGACUUGAAAACGUUCCUGUGCGCGGCGUUCGCGCCCGCGUGCACGGCCGCCGGCGAGCCCGCGCCCCCGUGCCGGCCGCUUUGCGAGUCCGCGCGCAACGGCUGCGAGCCCAUGAUGGCCGCGUCGCUGUGCCAUCUGGUCGUGGCCGCGUCGUACCUGGUCGGCUGCUUGUCCGGCGGCCGCGUCGCGUGCACCGGCCGCGGCCUGAUCGUGCGGGGCGCGCGCCACCACCCUCGGUGCGCCGCGCUGUUCGUGGCCACGUACUUCUUCGGCACCGCGUCCGCCGUCUGGUGGAUCUUGCUGUCGCUCGCCUGGUUUCUGGCCGCCGGGCUCAAAUGGGGCCGCGAGGCCAUCGACGCCAAAACGCGUUAUUUCCAUUUAGCCGCGUGGACCGUGUCGGCCGCGCAGACCGUCGGGGCGCUGGUUCUGGGCGAGAUCGAGGGUGACGUUUUGUCCGGCGUCUGUUCGGUGGCCGUCUGGAGCGAAGACACCGUCGCGAGAGACAUGGUGCUGAUCCCUCGAACGAUUUACCUGGUCGCGGGCGUCGCAUUUUGGACGGUCGGCUUCGUGUCCCUGUUCCGGAUCAGAAACGUGAUGGGACGAGAUGGCGCACGCGGCGCGGACGGGUUGGAAAAGUACAUGGUGCGCAUCGGCAUCGUCAACGUGCUGUACGUGGUGCCCGCCGCCGUUCACAUCUUGUGCUUGGUCUACGAGCACGUCAACGUCGGCACCUGGACCGCCUGUCGGCAUUCGAACCACGCGCCGGAAUGCCCGUCCACCGAAAUCCACGGCCCGGGCGCGAGCCCUAACCUCGAGGUGUUCAUAGCUAAAUAUAUCGUUUCAUUACAAGUCGGUGUCACGUCAUGCGUUUGGACGUGUUCCGGUAAAACUUUGAAUAAUUGGCAACGGCUCUUGGCACGCGUUCCGCGUAACCCGGUCGAAUCCGAAACCCGUGUUUGAUUCCAAUUCGAUUCCGGAUCGUCGGCGUCUGAAUAAUUGUGUGUGUGUCAUUUUGUUUUCUCUUCGAUUGCGAUUUAUCGUGGCGACCCGAUGAAUUCCUUUUUUUCCAUUCCAUUGCAAUCGAUCAGUAUCAACGUGUUAGUGUUAAAAUGCAAUACCAAAAAACACGCUUAUUGCGUGACCAUUAUCGGCAUUGCCAAGUUCAUGAACACUACGGUUUUUUAUCGCAAAUAAAUGUUAGUUAUUACAACUGGUUUUAAAAUAAUAUUUAAAAAAUAAUUUGAAAUUCUACCGGGUUACUUACAUAAUAUUAUUAAGUAUUAAUAGUUCUGCUAAGUUAUAUUGUAUCACCUAUUAGUAGUUGUUUUGUAAUUGUAUUAUUAUUCUUACCAAACUCCGUUGUUA